AUGACUGUCGAAGUGAAAGCCUCCAGAGCAGAUAUCCGUCCAGCCACCCUCGACGACGUCGAUGCCAUCGUCGCAACCCUCAACGAGGCCUACAGGGGCGACGGGGGCUGGACCACCGAGAAGCACCUCAUAAAGGGCGACAGAGCCUACGCCUCUGAAAUUAUCCCGCUGAUAGCCUCCCGCCCGACCUCCGAAGGCGUCCUCCUGGUCUACCACCCGGCCUCGUCCCCACAACCGCUCGCCUGCGUCGACGUCGAAUUCAGGGGGAAUGGCCGCGGCUACUUCGGACUGUUUGCGGUGCGGCAUGCGUUGCAGGGAAAGGGUGUGGGGAACCUAUUGAUGGAGGAGGCGUUUGGGAGGAUGAGGGCAGAGGGGUGCACAACGGCCGAGAUUACGGUGUUACAUGUGCGGAAGGAUAUCAUCGCCUGGUACCAACGCAAAGGCUUCGUGUCAACCGGCAAGCUGAUGGACUUCCCUCAAACCUCGGAUCGCGCGCAGCUGCUGCCUGGCGUCGAUGGGCGGCUGGUGUAUCUAGAGAAGCAACUUUGA